AUGGCUGUGGUCAGCAGAGCCCACGCUUCUCUCCCUUCACCAUCAUCGUCGCCAUUGCCGACCUUCUCCCCUAGGUCCCCUCGGCCCGAGGUGGAGAGUAUGUUCACGCGUGGAGGGAGCGGGCGGUUGUCGUCCAGUACCAGUGGUAGUAACAGAAGCGCCAGCCUCAGAGAGAUCGACGAGGAGGCCACAAUCUUGGAGGAUGAGGCUGACGACAGCGGCAGAGGUGAGGUGUAUGUGGCCGUAGGGAAGGACGUCAAGGACGGCAGAUCCAACCUCUUCUGGGCAGCUCGGAAUCUCCUGGCCGGUGAUCUCAAGCUUGUCCUGCUGCACGUCCACCAGCCUGCCGAGAGAAUCAUGACCGGAUUAUGCAAGGUUUCUGCAAGCCAGCUCGAAGAAAAGGAGCUGAAAGCAUAUAGAAAGAUUGAGAAGGACGAUAUGAACACACUUUUAAACCAAUACAUCAGUUUCUGCAGAGUUUCUCUGAAGAUGCAAGCUGAAACACUGGUAAUCGAGAAGAACAGUCCUGCAACUGGCAUUAUUGCGCUCAUUGACCAGAAUCACAUUGCAAAGCUUGUUAUGGGAACAUCUUCCAUCUCAAUGAAGAGGAAAGUACCAAAAUCAAAAGUUGCAUCCAGUGUACAUCUACAGGCCAAACCAUAUUGCCAGAUCUUCUAUAUUUGCAAAGAGGCUCUUGCUUGCUCUAGGGAGGCCACUCAUCUUUCUGCAAAAGUAGAGUCACCCCGAAGCAGCUGCGCGAGCUCUGUCUCGGAUCAACCUGAGUUCCCUCCAAGAUCCCUAUCACUGCCACCAGGGAAUCCAGAUUUCUUAAGCUCUACAGGUCACCAACCCCUUCAACGACGGUCCAAUUCAGUUAGUUAUCCCUUGUCUGGAACGAUAGCAGACAGUGUGGAAAACAUGCCAGCUGCAAGGCGGCAGUCGAUUGAUAUGACAGCAAUUGGUUUCUCUCCAAAUUCCAGCCAGAAAAGCAGUGCAGGAUCCUCAUCAGGUCUAAAGGAUUUGGACAGUAUGGAUGAUUCACCGGUGCCAGUUUCAGUUGCGAGCUCUAAAGAACAUCAACACUCUAUGGCAGAAAUUAUCAUACAACAUGAGGUAUUUGAGCAACUGCACCAAGUCCGCAGUGAGUUAGAGCGCUCAAAAAAGGAAGCAUCCGAGGGCCGACAGAAAGCCGAGAGGGACCUGUUUGAAGCUUCUAUGAUGUUCAAAGCACGGGAGAAUUCACUCCGCAAAGAAAAAAAAGAACUAGAGGAAAGGCUUGCAAGAGAAAAGGCUCGUCUCGAAAAAGAACACAUCCAUAUAUGCAAUGAGCUGCAAAAGGCAAAUGAGCAAAGGGAAGAACUGGAGAGUAAGCUUCUACAGACAAAUUCUGUAAUGGAAGAACUCCAACAGUUGCAAGGAGAGCUUCAGCGCGAGAAAGAUCAUGCUGUUAGACAAGCUGAAGAGAUGCGCCAGAUAAGCGGUAACACUGUAUUUGGCUCUACUGGUGCAGUUGCCUUGACAGAGUUCAGCUACGAAGAGAUAAAAGAAGCAACCAACGACUUCAGUGACUCCAAAAAGAUUGGGGAAGGUGGAUGUGGAAGCGUCUACAAGGGUUUUCUCCGUCAUACUACUGUGGCUAUAAAGAAAUUCAACCGUGAAGGCACAACAGGAGAGAAAGAGUUCAACGACGAGGUAGAAACACUUUGUAGGAUGAGGCAUCCAAACCUUGUCACUCUGAUAGGAGUGUGCCAAGAGGCCAAAGCGUUGGUUUUUGAAUUCUUGUCAAAUGGAAGCCUGGAGGACUGUCUGCAGUGCAAGCACCAAACGGAGCCACUCUCAUGGCGGAUGCGCAUCAGAAUUGCUGCCGACAUCUGCACCGGACUUAUCUUCCUCCACUCCAACAAACCAAAAGGCAUUGCCCAUGGUGAUCUGAAGCCUGACAAUGUCCUUCUUGACACUAGCUUUAUUUGCAAACUGGCAGAUUUUGGGAUCUCCCGUCCUCUGAAUCUGACAAACACCACUGUCACCCCUUACCACCGAACAAAUCAAAUUAAAGGCACCAUGGGAUACAUGGAUCCAGGAUAUAUAGCCUCAGGGGAGAUCACAGCACAGUAUGACGUCUACUCCUUUGGAGUAGUUCUGAUGCGAUUAUUAACUGGCAAGAGCCCCCUAGGCCUUCCGAAUGAGGUGGAGGCGGCCUUGAGCAAUGACAUGUUGCUAGAUAUAAUUGAUACUUCUGCAGGGGAAUGGCCACCUGAGUACACGGAAACGUUGGCAAGACUAGCACUGAGAUGUUGCCGGUAUGAGAGAAAGGAGAGGCCUGAUCUUGCAAAGGAGGCCUGGAGUGUCCUGCAAGCUAUGGUGAACUGUCCAGACGAUAAACGCCAGCCACCAACGUUUUUCAUCUGCCCAAUGACACAGGAGAUCAUGAGGGAUCCACACAUUGCUUCUGACGGAUUCACAUAUGAAGGCGAGGCCAUCAAGGACUGGCUUCAAAGGGGCCAUAAAAUGUCCCCCACGACCUACCUCAGUUUCACUCACCAUGAGUUAAUACCGAACAAUGCCCUCCGUUUUGCGAUUCAAGAAUGGCAAAUGCAUCAGCAACCAUGAUUUUAACCCCUUCCAUUUGAUUUGUACUAUGUCAUGCUUGUGAAGUGAACCAAAUGGGUUUAAGUUUGUACAGUCUAGAGAACACUUAUUUUCUCACUUCAGCAGUUAGUACUCUCUCAAUGUUUGGACCCACAAAUGAGAGGUGAUGUACAUGCUUCGAGUCAUAUGUGUUUGGGAUGAACUGACAUGGCAUAUAAUUCUCCAA